ACGGUGAGUAUGGACGGUAUACGCCGAUAAGUGAGCAUAUGACGUUAUGACAUGCGAAUGUUGUAUUGUGUGUCAGGAGGCGACAGCAUUGUAUAUUAGUUUUGAGGAUUAACAUUAGCAGUUAGCACAUUUAGGAUUCUUCAAAGUUAGCAGAAAUGGCCAAGAUGAGAGGACCACGCAAGUCGCCUGGAACAAAUAAGGCUGAAGUUCCUACUACCUCCCAGACAACAAGUCCACCAAGACUGCAAAUAGAUUGGCGUCGUAUCUUCAUUAGGAUUCUUAUGAUGACUGGUAUUAUGGUUGCUGUCUAUUACACAAAAGCAACAGACUUGGUUACCUUCGUAACUCAGAAAGAAGAAGUUCUCAGCCGCUCUGUUGAUAUUACUUGUUCUGAAGACUAUGCACAGGAGCUUUUGCAUUUUCCUGGUUGCACACCAAGGAAGUGUGGUAGAGUAGUGUUUGACACACUUGUGAAGCCGUCUGAGGUUGCUGCAUUACUCAACAUAGCAAAGAGAGGACUGUCAAUGGGAGGUUCUACUGGUGGAGCUUCUAUCCUUGACUUGCACUCUGGGGCUCUGUCACAUGGCAAUGCUUUUGUCAAUAUCUUUAAAUUGGAAGAAGCGAGAAACCUAUUCACAGAACAAGACUUCAAAAUAUAUAGUUUUGUCAAAAAUAAAAUUCAUAAAGCUAUAGUGGAUCAUUUUGGCAUUGAGGAAAACAAGCUUUACCUGACACAUCCAACCUUCUUCUCUCGCAUCACUCCUGCACCUCCACAAACAGUUCAUGACGAGUAUUGGCAUCCUCAUGUUGACAAGGAGACUUACGAGUCCUUCCAUUACACAUCGUUAUUAUACCUGACUGAUUAUAGUUAUGACUUUGAGGGUGGACGGUUCAUCUUCAUUGAUAAGGACUCCAACAAAACUGUUGAACCACGUUCAGGGAGAGUUUCUGCUUUUACCUCUGGGUCUGAGAACCUGCAUCAUGUAGAGAGAGUCACAAAAGGCACUAGGUAUGCAGUGACAGUGUCCUUUACAUGUGACCCCAAGCAUGCUAUUAGUGAUCCUGUUCUGCAGAGGUGACUGCAGUUUGGUGGAAGAAUGCAUUAAAAAUUGAGUCACCAGUAUUUGUGUCGUUUCAGUGUUUCAUUGUAGGUUGAUUUAUAAUUUGGACAAAAAUAUCCACUUCUGGUUGAAAAAAAAGAACUUCUAGAGAUGUUUUUUCCUUUCUUAUUUUUCUUUCUUUCUUUCUUUUGAUAUUAUCAGUAUUAGCAUCAUUGUUAGUGUUAAUGUUCAUAUUUAUUCUAUGAAUACCCAUGUGAUACAAGGUACAGUACCAAUGAUUUGGCCUUGCACCAAUAAGGUAUAACACUACAGGAAAUAUGUGUACCUGGAUUGGAUUUGGACUUUAAAUGCCCUUUGGAUAUUCAUCAGAGGAAAUCUUACGACAGGCAGUUUAGCUGUCAGACUUUUGCUCGGCAAUUUUUACUGAUUGUAACAACUUUCAAAAUUGCAAGUAUUGCAAUUAUUAGAAUUAUGAAAUGUAACUAUGCGUGGUUUUUAUUUAUUUAUUUGGUACAAAAUUUAGGUGCUUAGAUUCCAAACUAUCAGUAUAUGAAAAAAGUAUUAUUAUUAUUUGUGAUUCACUACAACUAGGAAAAUAAUGCAAAAGUAAAAGCAUGAAAAAGUCCGAAGAAUUAUUGCCAUAAAAGAAUUGUGAAAUAAGUUAACUGAACUUCAUUGUUUUAUUCAGUUCAUUAUUCUUUGAUUUAGAAGAAUAUGUUUCUGUCCUUAACCAGUUAUUAUUUUGAAUUAUUAAAUUUUAUUACUUACAGUUAUAGCGUCAUUGAUUUUUUGUCUGUACACUCAAAGUAUUAUUCCUGGGCUGCCCCCUUGGCAAACAAAAGGUUGAUAUUAAAUGUGUUUAGUAGUUUCUAAAUACUAUGACAUCCAAUGUGGAUGAAACUCAUUAUGCUUGAUUAUACUUUUGAAAAAAACAUUUUCCAUUCAAGUCGAUAGUUUUUGUUCUGUACUAUGAGCAAAUGCUGCAAGAGAAAGUCUAUACUUAAUUAACUCAUGGGAUAUUUGUGGACCUAUCAGAAAUUUACAAUUACAGAGUUAGAUUGUAACAUAAAUGGUUAGAUUGAAAAACAAAAUUGUUUAUGAAUACUGACAAUAUUAAGAAAUUCCAGUGGUAAGUAUGAAUGAACGAAUUAAGAUUUCAAAGUAAAGGGUAGACAUUUAUGUCAGAAGAUCUGCUAACCUUCUAAACAAAUACUUUGUUAUGCUGUAUUUUAAUUCAGUAUUGCGUUGAAAUUUGACCAGCUUUGCCAGGGUACUGUGAAUUGGAAGUUUGGAAAAUGCCUUAAUCCUGCAUAUAUAUUAAUAUUUAAAUGCUCUACAUAGUUUGCAUUCCAUUAUUGUACCAAUAUGUUCUUGUUUUUUUCUGGACUCAAGGUGAAGGGCUGUGCUGCUUGGGAUUUGGUUUUAUUUGGUAGCUGUGAUGUAGUCUUUGAUAUUCCAUAUUCAUCUUAUCUCUUAAUUUUCUUGCUCAGAUACAACUAACAACUAUAAACACUUCACCGUGCCUGGUCACACCUUGUUUGGUUUAACCAUUGUUAGGUUGUUAUAGCUAUACUGUAACACCAGCUCACCAUAUCUGCCAGACCAAGUUUGUCUAUGUAAUUUGCUGAUAAACUUCCAUUUAUUUUGAUUUAUUUUUUGUAUGCAAGAGUGUAUAUUGACUAUUGAUAUUGAGAUAAAGAAAGAAUGAAUUAUAUUUUCUGAUAUUUUACUGGAUAUUUUACUUUGAUUAUUGUACUGCACAUGCAAAAAUGAUUUUAUGUGAAUAUGGUAUGUAAUGCAUGGUGAGAAGGCAAUAACAAACAAGUUUUCAUUUUU